GUGAGGGGCGGUGGGGCCUGGUGCGUGGGAAUGUCGGAGACAGCGGCAAUUGAGUUAGUUAUCGACCAGGAAGCGGAGUCCAAAGCUCCCCUGUGCCCACAUGGCCCAACUCUGUUGUUUGCAAAAAUAAACCACAAGGAACAAAAAGGCAGAAGGUUUUAUGCCUGUGCAGCCUGCAGAGAUCGAAAGGAUUGCAAUUUCUUCCAGUGGGAAAAUGAGAAGGUGUCAGCAGCUCGUCAAUUGGCAAGAGAAGAAUUUAAUCGAAGCCGACAGCCACUGUUUACACAUAAGCAGUAUGAGGAGAGGUAUCAACAGUUCGUAUCUUUACCCUUGGCAAAAAGGGUAUUCUGUUUAGAUUGCCAGCUUCUUUUGCUGCCUGGGGAAUGGGAUGAACACUCGUCCCAUCACCGGCUGGGGGAUGUAUCUCUCGAUCAGCUGAAGAGACCCAGCCAUUUGCUGCUCCCGCUUGAAAACAAAAAAACCAAUGCUCAAUAUCUAUUUGCUGAUCGCACUUGCCAGUUUUUAUUGGAUCUAAUUGUUUCAUUGGGAUUCAAAAAAGUGCUGUGUGUCGGAACACCACGGCUUCAUGAGCUGAUAAAGUUGCGCCAAAUUGAAAAGAACCAUCCAGAUAUAAAGAGUCAGUUGCUGGAUAUUGAUUUCAGGUAUUCCCAAUUUUACUCAGAGGAGGAGUUCUGCCAUUAUAAUAUGUUUAAUCACUACUUCUUUGGAGGAAAGUCUGCCUUUGAAGCAUUUCAGACUUUCUUGUGUCAGGACAACGAAGAGUCUGUUAUUAUGGUGACUGACCCACCAUUUGGGGGCCUGGUGGAGGCACUGGCUCACAGUUUUAAAAAGAUUGUUGCCAUGUGGAAGACUUCGCAGACUAAAGAUGAUGAAUUACCAAUAUUUUGGAUUUUUCCAUACUUCUUUGAACCUCGCAUUCUGCAGUGUUUCCCAUCAUUCAGCAUGCUUGAUUAUCAGGUGGAUUAUGACAACCAUGCCCUCUACAAGCAUGGAAACAGUGGUCGGAAACAAUCUCCAGUGCGCAUAUUUACCAACCUUCCACCUAAAGCCAUCGUAUUGCCUGCAGAAGAAGGAUACAGGUACUGUUCAUUUUGUCAGCGGUACAUAUCCUCGGCAAACAGACACUGUGAGAUGUGCCAAGCCUGUACAUCUAAAGAUGGAAGGGCAUGGAAACACUGUCACAUCUGCAGCAAGUGUGUAAAACCAUCUUGGUUUCACUGUGAAACCUGCAGACGUUGUGUCCUUCAGGAUCAUUCUUGUGGCGUGGCUGGAAGUGGAUGCUUUAUCUGUGGAAGUACUGAGCAUAAACGCAGAGAAUGCCUUGAUGCAGCAUUCCAGAACAAGAUCAUUAAAAAGUCACAGUUACAUAAACGGAAAUCAUUGGAAAUGAAUAAAGAAGGUGACAUAAACAAAUCCAAGCAACAAGGCCAAGAAAAGAGAACUGGAAAGAGGAAAACUAUUAAAUGGGCAAUUGGGAAAUCAAAACGGAAGCAGAGAAGGAAGAAUAAACGAUGAUGUAUGUAA